AUGCUAGUCGAUGAUAUAUUGCUAAAUGAUGAUGAUAAUGAUUCAUUUUAUGAUUCUGAGGUUUCUGACACUUCUGAUGACAAUGUUGAUGAUGAUGAUCCACGAGAACGUCGAGUUUUACAUCGAAUUCAAAAUUACAUUGAACUUACUGUUAAUUUCUAUGAAAUAGAGAGUUUCGAGAACACUUUCGGCUUAAAAGACGUUAUGUAUCAAUUUGCUCAAACUAAUUUUCUGAUUAAUAAUGAGCCUCUGCCAAAUGCAAUACCUCAUGAAAAAGCAUUUUUAAUGACUCUUUGGUACAUGGCAAAUACAGAAUCAUUUCGUCAGAUUUCUGAUCGAUUUGAUCUGAUCAGGUCUCAUGACAUCCAUCAGAAACAGGAGAUCAGCGAGGAGUUUCAGCAACUCCAAGAUAUUCUUGGUGUCAUUGGAUCAAUUGAUGGAUGUCAUAUUAGAAUUCGAAGACCAAUUGAAAAUCAAAGAGAAUACAUUAAUAGAAAAAGAUACUCGAGUAUUUUAUUACAAGGAGUAGUGAAUAGUCAGAGACUGUUCACUGACGUUCACAUAGGUGAGCCUGGAUCAAUGCAUGAUGCCAGAGUGCUGAGAAGAUCACUGGUGUAUGAGCCCUAA